UGCUGAGAUAACAGGUCGAAGUCCGGACGGCCGCGCUCAGGGCUGUAUUAGACGUGAGAGCGUGUUCGUUUGUGGCUGUCAGUGCCUCCGUCUCUCUGCGUGACACCACAGCGCUCUCAGUCCCCCCUACCCUCCGCAGGGUGCUCCUUCUCUCCGGAUCCUGCUAGAAGUCUGCCGCCAUGCCGCGUGGAGCCCGCGUCUUGCUCCCGCUCCUGCUGUGCCUCUCCCUGAGGGCCGCCGUCACCCUCGCCCAGGAAGACGAGGCCCCGGCACUCGCCCCCGCAGACACCCCUGCAAACACCCCCGCACCCCCCCAGGUGGCCAACGACACCAAGGCUGAACCGGAGGAGUCGGACUGGGGGCUGAACUCCAUCCGGGACAGCUUUCAGACCGUCAACAGCUACUUCGACUCCCUGGUUGAGCUGAUGGGAGGCCGCAACGGUGUGUGCCAGUACCGCUGCCGAUUCGGAAAAGCUCCACUUCCUCGCGCUGACUACAAGACUCCAGAGCCAAACGGCUGCAGUUCCUCAUUACUGGGAUUCCAGGUACCUCAAAGUCUGGACAUGGGGAUCCCAGCCAUGACGAAGUGCUGUAACCAGCUGGACCUCUGCUAUGACACCUGUGGCUCCAACAAAUACCGCUGCGACUCCAAAUUCCGCUGGUGCCUGCACGGCAUCUGCUCUGAUCUCAAGAGGAGCCUGGGCUUCGUGUCAAAGGUUGAAGCGUGUGAGACUGUAGCAGACACCCUUUAUAACACAGUGUGGACUCUGGGCUGUAGACCCUACAUGAACAGCCAGAGGGCAGCGUGCUUCUGUGAAGGAGAGGAAAAGGAUGAGCUGUGAUUGAUUCUACAGUACCCCACCGCAGAGUACAGAACAGGAAUAUACAACAGGACAGAGCACAAGAGUACACA